AUGUCGGCCACCUCGGUGGGCCGCGAGGGGACGCUGGCGCUGGUGGCCCGGGGCAUGGCGGCGCUGACGUUCCGCGAGCUCUGUGUCCCCGAUGACGUGGCCGAGCGCGGCGUUGGGGACAUCCCCGGCUACCACUACAGGGACGACGCGCUGGACAUCUGGGGCGCCAUCCACAGCUACGUGGAGGGCAUCGUGGCGCUUUUCUACGCCGAGGACGCGGAGGUGGCCGAGGAUGAGGAGCUGCAGGAGUGGGUGGGCGAGAUCUUCACCUACGGCGUCCUGGGCAACCAGAAGAGCG